CGCUGAGCGUGCGAAUGCGCAAGGAGAAAAAUCUCGCUUUAUGAUUUACUAGAGGGUAAGGUAGUAGAGAGAGCGAUAUCUCUCGGGGCCAGCGAAGUCACGUGACCCGUGUGUUUACCAAAAUGGUGAACGUCCGUGCGCUACGGACGACACUACGCGAUCCCGUCUGUCGCACAGAAACGGCCGCGCGACGCUCGAGCGUGUAAAUAAGCCCACCCCCCCUCGAGGAUCAGCUGUUUCCCAGCGCGUACGUCAGUGGACGCCCGACGUCCCGACGCGUACCUUGAGCCUUGCCUACGAACGUCGCGUCCCGGACGAGUCGACGUUUCGCGCCUUGUCCCCGAUUUUUCCUGCGUCCUCUCCGUCUUCUGUGACGUAUCUUGGACGCGAUCGCGGGAGAUGCCACGGCCCGACGCGACCCGGUCACGGUACGACGAUCGCCCCCUGCUCAUCGCGCGCGAUCCCAUCGCGAUCUUAUGUCCGCGCGACAACGGUAUUCGUAGAUUAUUUUAGACGCGAGUAUCCCGUAAUCUCCCGAAAUCAUGUCAUUCGAUUUCGUUUCGUCGCGCGCCAACCUGCCAUCCGCAUCAAUACUGUCAACGCUGUAAACUCAUCGUAGGAUCCUCUCUCUCUGUUUCCUUAUAUUGCAUCGCAUUAAGAGGGUGACCCGAAGCUUCCAAAGGCCUAAUUCCAUUUGCCAAUAAUGCUGAGUUCGAGGAACCCAACUAGUAGCAGAUGAUCUCCGAUAUAGUUUAGUGCAAAUAAAAAGCACUUUGACGAAAGACAUCUAAAUGUCUGGAGGUGUCUUUGCGUAGCGCCAAGUGCUGCAGGGCCAGGCAUUUUUAAACAUGGCCACGUAUCAAGUCGACUACCAAUGGGCUUAUUCCAUAAUGGAUUCAUCUAGGAUAUCCACUUUUUUAAUAUCAAUCCUACUGAUAGUCUACGGUAGUUUCCGAUCUCUGAACAUGGAGCAAGAGGCGAGGGAAAGAGAAAAGGAGAAGGAACGUAGCAAUUUAUUGACUGGAAUUACGAGUAACAGCAACGCCGGUAACGCGGACGGUGCUAACGGAGGAAGAGUUCAAACUCUGGAUACGAUGCAUGCUCUCUGUCUACCUCUCUGUGCUUCCAUUUCUCUACUCGUCAUGUUCUUCUUUUUCGACAGUAUGCAGAUGCUUCUCGCAAUUUGUACAGCCAUUAUAGCCACAGUUGCAUUGGCAUUUCUUUUAUUGCCCAUGUGUCAGUACAUCAUUAGACCAUGUUCCGAUGGUAAUAAAAUAUCCUUUGGUGUUUGUGGGAGAUUUACGGGCGCGGAAUUACUCUCGUUUUCGCUCAGUGUGAGUAUCGUAUGCAUCUGGGUCUUGACCGGACAUUGGCUGCUGAUGGAUGCGAUGGGUAUGGGCCUGUGUGUGGCAUUUAUCGCAUUUGUUCGACUACCUAGUCUCAAAGUAUCCACGUUGUUAUUAACUGGAUUGCUGAUCUACGAUGUCUUUUGGGUUUUCUUUUCAUCCUACAUAUUCAGCACAAACGUAAUGGUUAAGGUGGCAACUAGGCCUGCUGAUAAUCCAGUAAGUCUCGUGGCUAGAAGAUUACAUUUGGGCGGCGUAGCGAGAGCCGCACCAAAACUACCUUUACCCGGAAAACUGGUUUUUCCGUCGAUGCAUCAAGCUGGACAUUUCUCGAUGUUGGGCCUCGGCGACGUUGUUAUGCCGGGUCUUUUACUGUGUUUUGUCUUGCGAUAUGAUGCGUAUAAGAAGACUCAGUUAUUGCCUGGUGGCUGUGAAACUGGAGUACCACCGCCGCGCCACUUCAGCCGGAUUAGCUACUUUCAUUGCUCUUUGAUCGGUUAUUUUCUUGGUCUACUUACCGCCACUGUAAGCUCGGAGGUGUUCAAAGCUGCGCAGCCUGCCUUAUUGUACCUUGUGCCCUUCACUUUAUUGCCAUUGCUCACAAUGGCAUAUCUGAAGGGAGAUUUACGUCGAAUGUGGAGUGAACCAUUCAUAUCUCAACAACCUUCUAAACAUAUGGACGUUUGACAAGAGUCAUAGCUUUCUGUAUAUUGCGGUGUAUUGGAGGAAAAAUUCUUGCAUGAAAUUCACUACCCCAUAAUUUCACAUCCUUGUUUUCAUCAAUGUCAUUUAAUGUAAGUAAUUUUUUUUUUCUAUACACACAUGCGCGCGCGCGCAAUAUACGUUUACAUUCUUUUUAAAGUCAAUACGGAGGACAAUUCAGAUUUAAGAUCAAUGCAAUUAUUUGCGAUCUUAUCUAGUGUAAAAAUACUUAUACUGCAUAAAUAAUUUAUAAAUGUAACAUAAUGUCACACGAGUAUAAUGUUAGCGCUGCAAACAACUUUUUACCGAAACAAUAGAGGUCGAAGAAUCCUCAGAAUAUUUCUGGAAUGCCAAAUGACACAUAUAUUAUUGGCAUUCUUUCUGUGUCUUAAAUUGAUGUUGAGUAUAUGGAUAGAUAUUGUGCAUAUAAUAGAUAAUGCAAUCAAUAUUAUUGUCAUUUUAAGCUACUACAUAAUAGCUAAAAACUAUCAUAUGUAUCAUAUGAUUUUGACAAAUGAAAAAUGGUUUUUUACUUUUACCAUCAUUAUAACAAUUAAUAGAUUCUCGAGAUAUUUACUUUUAAUCAAACAAAAAAUAUUAAAUAGCUAUAAAUAACUUUUGUAAAAUUCAGUUACAAAUUAUUACAAAAUUCACUGCAGAAUAUCAUUUUGAUUCACUAUACUCAAUUGGUAUCAAAUUACUUGCAAAUAUGUAUAGCUAUGUGAAUAGAAUAAUUUAUAAACUAUUUGUGAACAUUUGGAUGAGAAUCCAAUAUAUACAUGUAGGUUGUGAUUUGGUUUAAAGUUGGUUUAAAGUUGAUUGAGCAAGGUAAUAACACUAAAAAUAAUUAUGUAUAUAUUUAUUACAUCAUUUUUAUAAACAUAUAGGCACGAAUUUGCGAUUUGCAGUAAUCAAUAGCACGCUUUUUGAUACUGUUUUGUUUUGCUACCUAUUUGUUGAUCAAACUUUUUUUAUUUUGGAGGAGAGUUAGUUCAUUGUCAUUCUCAAUGUGUAAGUAGAAUGUAAUAUGAAACUAUUGUUAAAGAUAAUUACAGGAAAGUUUGUUUAAACAAAAAGGCUUUCUAAACAAUCUUUUGCUAUGGAUAGGCUGUCGAAAAGACUUUAUAUGUUUAUUUAAGGACAAGACUGAAGAUAAUAUGUAUGAAAGCCAAUUUAUUAAGUGAUUUCUCUGAAAGAUAAAUAAUUUUUUCCAUUCUACCUUUCUCUUGGAUCAAUUUAUAGCAUCUUAGAUUAAAUGAAAUAAUAUAAUAUAUUCUAAUAUAAUAAUAUUAUAUUGUCUAAGGAAGGUAGAAUAAUAUAUGCUCUUUCAUAUUGUCCCUUGCUUUAAAAUAAGUUAUGUAAAAUAUUCAUAGUCACAAAUCAAUUAGAGAUUUAAUAAUGAUGUGAAUUUAAUUUUAUUUUUAUAUCUCAUUGUAUUUAGCAAGUGUACACAUACACACAUACAUACAUACAUACAUACAUACACACAUACAUAUAUAUGUUACACACACACAAACACACACAAAACAGAUUAAUAACUUGCUAAAUAUGAUAAUAUAUGUAAUAAAAACAUGAAAUUGCACAUACAUAUAUACACACAUACACAUACACACACAUCGAAAUAAUAGUUUACUUUAUAUGUUCUUUAGAUAUAAAAUUAAUAAUAUAAAAAUUAAAUCAUUAAAAACUUUUGGAAAAGACUUUUCCAAUCU